GCCGCCGCCGCCAUUUCGGGCACUGCUGUGAGACUGAUCUCGGAGCCGGUCCGCUGGGCGGCGGGCGCCAGGGCUGGAGGGGCGCGCGCGGCGGCGGCGGCCCAGCGUGUAGGCGCGGAGGCGGCCAUGGCGGGCAACUUCGACUCGGAGGAGCGGAGUAGCUGGUACUGGGGACGACUGAGCCGGCAGGAGGCGGUGGCGCUGUUGCAGGGCCAGCGGCACGGGGUGUUCCUGGUGCGGGACUCGAGCACCAGCCCCGGGGACUAUGUGCUUAGCGUCUCCGAGAACUCGCGCGUCUCCCACUACAUCAUCAACAGCAGCGGCCCGCGCCCGCCGGUGCCGCCGUCGCCUGCCCAGCCUCCGCCCGGGGUGAGCCCCUCCAGACUCCGAAUAGGAGAUCAAGAGUUUGAUUCAUUGCCUGCUUUACUGGAAUUCUACAAAAUACACUAUUUGGACACUACAACGUUGAUAGAACCAGUUUCCAGAUCCAGGCAGGGUAGUGGAGUGAUUCUCAGGCAGGAGGAGGCAGAGUAUGUGCGAGCCCUCUUUGACUUUAAUGGGAAUGAUGAAGAAGAUCUUCCCUUUAAGAAAGGAGACAUCCUGAGAAUCCGGGAUAAGCCUGAAGAGCAGUGGUGGAAUGCGGAGGACAGCGAAGGCAAGAGGGGGAUGAUUCCAGUCCCUUACGUCGAGAAGUAUAGACCUGCCUCCGCCUCAGUAUCGGCUCUGAUUGGAGGUAACCAGGAGGGUUCCCACCCACAGCCACUGGGUGGGCCGGAGCCCGGGCCCUAUGCCCAACCCAGCGUCAACACUCCGCUCCCUAACCUCCAGAAUGGGCCCAUUUAUGCCAGGGUUAUCCAGAAGCGAGUCCCUAAUGCCUACGACAAGACAGCCUUGGCUUUGGAGGUCGGUGAGCUGGUAAAGGUUACGAAGAUUAAUGUGAGUGGUCAGUGGGAAGGGGAGUGUAAUGGCAAACGAGGUCACUUCCCAUUCACACAUGUCCGUCUGCUGGAUCAACAGAAUCCCGAUGAGGACUUCAGCUGAGUAUAGCUCAACAAACAGUUUUGCUGACACAUGAGAACAAUCUCCCCCCCCUCCCCAACUGCCAUCUAUACAGUUUUCUUACAGAUGUCAAGAGCAGUCUAGUUUAUAUAAGCAUUCUGUUACCUGUGAUCUUUUUUAGACUGAACUACUUCAUUCCUAGUCUAAUUCACCAUGUUCAGGGUACGAAUCUGGAGGGCUGUGUAUUCACUUCUGAAUUGGCAGUUUUAGGUGGUCAUGGUUAUGCCUGUUGUGUAUCAGAGGGAAAUGGUGUUCUCAUCUCCUUUCUCUGAGGCAAUGCAAACCAACCUGUGGAAAACCAGGCGAGGAGUGUUACUGCUUACCCUGAUAGACUCGAUGGUUUUUUUCAUUCUGAAACCAUACUAUCAAAUGGCAAUAGACUGUUCCCUUCCACCCCCAUGAAGUAAUCAUGCACCGUGUGAAUAGUACCCAAUGGGAUUGCUUUUUCAUUUAUAGAACAUGACUAUUGUAUGACUCAUUCUGACAUUUCAAAUCCUGAGAAUUCUGAGGACACUACUAGAGGCAUUUGUCUUCCUUCCUAGUCAAUGCUUCAUACUUUUUCUUGGGAUUCUUUCAACCUUUGACAUCCUUUUUCCCAAAACCUACCAGUAGGUUAACUCUUGAGAUAAGUGUAUAUUUUUAUUCCAGAUGAAAAGCAGGAUACACAGAGCACUUUACUCAGUGCAUAGCUUUAAGCCAGUAUUGGAUUCACUAAGCGGACAGCCAAAUGUUCAGCUCUCUGCCUUCCCCCAAGGGGUCAUAGUAGGUUCACACUGCUACAGAAGUUAGCCUCCUGGCUGACUGGAUCCAGCAGGGCCAUUUCUCCUGAGUGCCAGUAUCCUAAUAGAGGACUUUUGGAAUUCUUAGAUUCCACUUGGAGUGGAAGGACCAAUCAAUAUUCCAGAGAAGGUUUUGGGGCCAAAUUCUGCCCUCUGCUUUAUGUGCAACUUGUAUAAAAGUCAAGUUAGAAUUACAUGAAUAUGGGGGUAGGGUUAGAGCUUUGAAAAA